UAACAGUUUAUGAUUCACUCGACAUGAAUUUGUUCAGUUGUACGUCUUUACCUAGGGUAUCAUCUCUUGAACGUGAUUCCGCAAUCGUUAUUUCUAGUAACGUUAAUUUACUUGGUUUCGACGUCGUGUCGGUAAUGUUACGCCGUAUGUUUCGAAAUGUUACGCCGGAAAAGGCAAUUACUUUUGUCAAAUCUAUCGUGGCACUGAGCCACUGUUGGCCACUUCCACCAACAGCUACCAAAUCUCGAAUACUUCGUUACAAACUUUUGAGAUCCGUGCUGUUCCUCAACUCGCUUUUACUCUUGUUUCCCUUGUUAUAUGCAAUAUACGUGCACCGUGAAGAUCCGGCGAUGUUUUGCAAGACAGUCUCUUUAGCACUUGCUGUUCUACAGAUACCUUUACAUUCUUCCUUUUGUAUCAGUCAAUACGAUCGAUAUCAGCGAUUAAUCGAAGAGAUGAAAUCUUGCUGUGAGAAAGGAAGUUCAGAUGAACGACGUGUCUUCCAACAAUACGUGGACAAGUACGCCAUGUACUACGCAGCGUCUGCAGUUUGGUUUUAUUGGAGCGGAUCCAUCGUUUCUAUUGGAACGCUUUUCAUAUCCGAUCCAUUCCCAACGCCGGCAGAAUAUCCAUUCCCAGUCGAUUUCGAACCCAUAAGAAGCAUCAUUUUCUUGCAACAAGCAAUUACAGGUUUACAGUGCUCGUCAUCUAUAUGUAUUAACAUAUUUUGCGCAUUAUUGCUGCUCUUCACUGCAGCACGUUUCGAGAUUUUGAUGAACGAAAUGCGCACCGUCAACAAUAUUUCAUCGUUCGUAAAAUGUGUAAAGAAGUAUUACGAUAUAAAAAGUUAUGCAAAAGAAGUAACGAAUACAGCUCGAUACACAACUCUGAUUACGCUGAGCAUUUGUGGCAUAGAAAGCGUGUUUACCGGUGUCAUUCUUAUUGGACGACAACCAUUUGCUGUAAAGCUUCAAUUUCUUUCCGUUUGUUCUACUGUACUGUUGGGGGUAUUCAUGUGCGCAUGGCCAGCUGACAACUUAAUACACGUAAGUGAAAACGCUAUGCGAGCAGUUUACGAAUCAAAAUGGUAUGAUCAACCUGUGAAAGUACAAAAAUUUAUAUUAUUAAUGAUGAUACCUCAGUCGCCGGUGAUCUUACAGAUCAGAUGUAUCAUUCCAGCUUUCUCAUUAAACUAUUAUUGCUCGGUACUAGAAUGAUUUCUGUUCUUAAUACAUUUCAUUGGAGUCUGUGUCUAUGCAGAAAUUUAGACAACUAUUUGAUAUUUCAGUUCAUCACGAACGUGAUGUCUAUGUUUACGGCUUUACGAGUUGUCAUGGAUGAAGAU